AUGGUGCUCGCCUUUGCCCUGUGCCUCCUGGGCAGCUCUGCUUUGCUCCUGGCCACCACAGCCAGGGCUCAAGCUACCCAGUGCCCAUUGCCACGCAUCCAGAAUGGGAAGGGAGAACACAUUACUCGCUAUUCCUACAGACCCGGGGACACCGUAAGCUUUGUGUGCAACACAGGAUAUAUGUUGCAGGGCUCCCGCACAAGCAUGUGCCGAGCUGACUUCAGAUGGAGCCCACCUCUGCCAGUGUGCAAAAAGGGCAAGUAGGUGAUGUGUCCUCAGCCACCAAACAUCGCCAACGGGCUGCACAGCGGACAGUCCUUGGAUAAGUUUUCCCGGGGAGUGACCGUGUACUACGGCUGCAAGGACGGCUACGAGCUGGUCGGGAACCUGUCCAUCAACUGCACCGAGGCCGGGCUGUGGAGCAGGCCCCUGCCCCGCUGCAAAGCAAUCGGCUGCAAUACACCCGAGGUGCAGAACGGGAAGGUCCAUGAGCUGCAAAGGACCUUCGCAGCUGGAGAGACCAUUCACUUUGACUGCGAUGCCGGUUACGCCGCAGAGGACACCUACGAGAGUCAGUGCCAGCCGGGGGGCACCUGGGAUCCGCCGACGCUCACCUGCGAGAGGGUCCGACCAUGUCCCAUGCCUCCCAAGGUCCACAACGGAAAUCACGACGGCCAGGGCAAAGGAUAUUUUACCAUGGGAACGCCUGUAACAUACACCUGCGAUCCCGGCUACUACCUGGUUGGAAAUCCUGUUGUGACUUGCAGAGCAUCGGGGAACUGGAGCCAGCCCAGCCCUCGCUGUGAAGAGGUGAUGUGUCCUCGGCCACCAAACAUCGCCAACGGGCUGCACAGCGGACAGUCCUUGGACAAGUUUUCCCGGGGAGUGACCGUGUACUACGGCUGCAAGGACGGCUACGAGCUGGUCGGGAACCUGUCCAUCAACUGCACCGAGGCCGGGCUGUGGAGCAGGCCCCUGCCCCGCUGCAAAGCAAUCGGCUGCAAUACACCCGAGGUGCAGAACGGGAAGGUCCAUGAGCUGCAAAGGACCUUCGCAGCUGGAGAGACCAUUCACUUUGACUGCGAUGCCGGUUACGCCGCAGAGGACACCUACGAGAGUCAGUGCCAGCCGGGGGGCACCUGGGAUCCGCCGACGCUCACCUGCGAGAGGGUCCGACCAUGUCCCAUGCCUCCCAAGGUCCACAACGGAAAUCAUGAUGGCCAGGGCACAGGAUUUUUUACCAUGGGAACGCCUGUAACAUACACCUGCGAUCCCGGCUACUACCUGGUUGGAAAUCCUGUUGUGACUUGCAGAGCAUCGGGGAACUGGAGCCAGCCCAGCCCUCGCUGUGAAGUGACUGUCUGCAUAAAUCCAGAUAUAGACAACGGAGGGCAAGUUGGUGGUCAAGGCCUUAUCUCUGCACCUGGGCAAAUCUUGACAUUUCAGUGUCACUAUGGUUACAGCCUGCAAGGCAGUGCUAAAAUCUUUUGCCAGGAGGAUGGCAGCUGGCACCCUUCUGUUCCCGUCUGUGAGAGACUUUACCAUAACCAGGAGGUCUCAAAUAGGCCUCACCUUCCAGGUGGUUGUGGUGCUCCUACAAGGUUACGCUUUGCUGAGCUAAAUGAGGAGCAUAAAAAUGAGAUUGAUUUUUCUGUUGGGAAGACUGUGCAAUACACUUGCCGACCUGGAUAUGCUAAACAGCCAGGAAUGUCACCUACUAUUACAUGCCUUGAGAGCGGAGUGUGGUCAGAAGCACUAGAGUUCUGUAAAAGGAAACAAUGCAGUCAUCCUGGUGAACCUGUAAAUGGGAAAAUUAUUUUCCUAACAGAUCUCCUGUAUGGGUCAACAGUGCUCUACAGCUGUGAAGAAGGGCACAGGUUAAUUGGACAAUCCAGGAGACGAUGUGAGGUUUCUGGUGGACGUGUUGAAUGGAGUGGCGCCGUUCCCACUUGUCAGCGUAUCCCUUGUGAGCCACCUCCGGACAUUCCCAACGGGAAGCACACGGGCAAGCUGCUGGAUGAAUUCCACUUCGGCAUAUCUGUAACAUACACCUGCGACAGCGGGUACCCACUCCACGGAGAGCCCUCCAUCUACUGCACCACUCGGGAUGGGAAAAACGGCGUGUGGAGCGGGCCCCCACCGUGGUGCGGAGAGGGAAGUUGUCCUGUCCCGCGGGUCCAGAAUGGGAGAAUAGUGUCUCCUAAGGCUGCCUACACACAGAAGGACACCAUUGCCUUUGAGUGUGAGCCAGGCUAUGUUCUACGCGGCCACAAAGUGGUACAAUGCCAACAAAAUAACACCUGGGAGCCACCUGUGCCAGCCUGCGAGCAGGCUGGCUGUAAUACACCUACCAGACUGGUGUUUGCGGAGCUGAAGGAGCCGCACAAGAACCAGACUGUCUUUCCCGUGGGGGGGACAGUGGAAUACGUGUGCCGGCCUGGGUACACCCAGCACCUGGGGAUGCCGACAGCCAUCAAAUGCCUCAGGAAUUGGACGUGGUCUGUGGCGCUGGAGUUCUGUAAAAGGAAACAAUGUGCUGACCCAGGGGAUCCGGAAAAUGGCAGAGCUGUUGUCCUGAUGGACCUCCUCUUUGGGUCCAAAGUGAAUUACACUUGUGAUGAAGGGUACAAGUUGGUUGGAGGCUCUCAGAGAACGUGCGAGGUCUCUGGCACACAUGUCUCGUGGAGUGGAGAUGCUCCUGUCUGCCAGCGUAUCACCUGCGAUCCGCCGCCGGACAUCCCCCACGGCAGACACAGCGGGCACUCGACGGGCACCUUCUCCUACGCCGACGUGGUCACCUACACCUGUGACCCCGGCCACCCGCUGGCGGGAGAGCCCUCCAUCUUCUGCACCACGGCGGACGGGGAGCACGGCGUGUGGAGCGGGCCGCCGCCACAGUGCGGAGAGGUGAAGUGUCCUCCCCCUCCAGGCAUUGCCAACGGGAAGCACAGCGGCCAGCCCUCGGACACCCACCUCCCAGGCUCGGCUGUGCAGUACACCUGCAGGGACGGCUACUCCCUCAUCGGGGAUGCCUCCAUCACCUGUACUGCUGGGGGAACGUGGAGCCGGCCCCGGCCCCGAUGUGAAGCAAUCGGCUGCAAAAGACCCGAGAUUGAGAAUGGAAGAACGAUUGGGCUGGAGACCAUGUACAGACUCACAGACAUCGUUGUCUUCGAAUGCGAUUUUGGUUAUGCUUUGAAGGGCUCCCAGGAGUCUCAAUGCCAUUUUGGGGGAAUAUGGGACCCUCCUCUCCCCAUCUGUGAAAAGAUGCUACAGUGUCCUCCCCCUCCAACUAUCAAAAAUGGCCAGCAUGAGAGCAAGACCCCGAAAAUGUUCAUACCUGGCAUUUCAGUGAAGUACUACUGUGACCCGGGUUAUGUCCUCACCGGGAGAACAACAGUUUCUUGUUUGACAACUGGAACCUGGAGCAUCCCUUACCCCCGCUGUGAAGUGAUCACCUGCACGAGCCCCAGCAUCCACAAUGGAGAGGUGGCUGAAGGACAGAGCGCCGUGUACCAUCCCGGGGCCAACGUCACCUUCCAGUGCCGCCCGGGCUACGUGCUGUGGGGCAGCCGUGAAGCCAAGUGCCGGCCCGACGGCCGCUGGGCGCCUGCUGUCCCCACCUGCGAGCCAGCGCUGCCUUGUCCUCCGCCUCCCGUCGUCGCCAACGCCACGCACAGCGCACAGCUCGGGGCAAACUUCACCAGCGGCAUGUCCGUGAGCUACAGCUGCCAGCCCGGCUUCUCCCUCCUCGGAGACCCCACCGUCCUGUGCACGGCCUCGGGGAACUGGAGCCUCCCGUACCCGCGCUGCGCAGCUGGCUGUGGCACACCAACCACCUUACUGUUUGCUGAGCUAAACAAGGAGUAUAAAAAUCAGAGCGACUAUCCCGUUGGGAAGACUGUGAAGUACACUUGUCGGCCUGGAUACGCAAAACAUCCACAGAUAGCACCAACGAUUACGUGUCUAGAAAAUCAAACGUGGUCUGAAGCCCCGGAGUUUUGCAAACGGAGAAAGUGCGAUCAUCCCAGAGAACCGGAGAACGGCAGAGUCAUCGUUACAACAGAUGUCUUCUUUGGGUCCACGGUGAAUUACACCUGCAACGAAGGGCACAGGCUGGUUGGAGCGGCCCAGCGACACUGCGUGCUUUCCAGCUCUGGGACGCGGGUGAGGUGGAGCGGUGAUGUUCCCGUCUGCCAGAGUAAGUACGCUGCGGCCGGAGCUGAGCAGAGACCGAUGAGAGCCAAACGCAGCACAAAGAGGUUCAGAUCGGUGCUUUCCUUGGGAAAGAUCUUCCAAGGUAUCACCUGCGAUCCGCCGCCGGACAUCCCCCACGGCAGACACAGCGGGCACUCGACGGGCACCUUCUCCUAUGCCGACGUGGUCACCUACACCUGCGACCCCGGCCACCCGCUGGCGGGCGAGCCCUCCAUCUUCUGCACCACGGCGGACGGGGAGCACGGCGUGUGGAGCGGGCCGCCGCCGCGGUGCGGAGCGUCGCAGUGCUCUCGCCCUCCAGCCAUCGCCAACGGGGAGCACAGCGGCCAAGCCACGGCACUCUUCACCAGCGGCAUGUCCGUGAGCUACGCCUGCGACCCUGGCUACGUUCUUGUUGGAGAGGCACAGCUCACUUGUACCGCUUCUGGAGCUUGGAGCGUCCCUGCCCCUCGGUGUGAAGGGCGGCUGUGUCCCUCCCCGAUGGCGAUUGACCAUGGCCAGCACGACGGCGAGGACAUAGAAGCCUUCGUCCCUGGCAGGUCUGUAAAUUACAGCUGUGACCCCGGCUAUUCUCUUGUUGGAAAGACGACUCUGUACUGUACGGUCAACGGAACCUGGAGCAUCCCUUACCCCCGCUGUGAAGUGAUCACCUGCACGAGCCCCAGCAUCCACAAUGGAGAGGUGGCUGAAGGACAGAGCGCCGUGUACCAUCCCGGGGCCAACGUCACCUUCCAGUGCCGCCCGGGCUACGUGCUGUGGGGCAGCCGUGAAGCCAAGUGCCGGCCCGACGGCCGCUGGGCGCCUGCUGUCCCCACCUGCGAGCCAGCGCUGCCUUGUCCUCCGCCUCCCGUCGUCGCCAACGCCACGCACAGCGCACAGCUCGGGGCAAACUUCACCAGCGGCAUGUCCGUGAGCUACAGCUGCCAGCCCGGCUUCUCCCUCCUCGGAGACCCCACCGUCCUGUGCACGGCCUCGGGGAACUGGAGCCUCCCGUACCCACGUUGCGCAGCUGGCUGUGGCACACCAACCACCUUACUGUUUGCUGAGCUAAACAAGGAGUAUAAAAAUCAGAGCGACUAUCCCGUUGGGAAGACUGUGAAGUACACUUGUCGGCCUGGAUACGCAAAACAUCCACAGAUAGCACCAACGAUUACGUGUCUAGAAAAUCAAACGUGGUCUGAAGCCCCGGAGUUUUGCAAACGGAGAAAGUGCGAUCAUCCCAGAGAACCGGAGAACGGCAGAGUCAUCGUUACAACAGAUGUCUUCUUUGGGUCCACGGUGAAUUACACCUGCAACGAAGGGCACAGGCUGGUUGGAGCGGCCCAGCGACACUGCGUGCUUUCCAGCUCUGGGACGCGGGUGAGGUGGAGCGGUGAUGUUCCCGUCUGCCAGAGUAUCACCUGCGAUCCGCCGCCGGACAUCCCCCACGGCAGACACAGCGGGCACUCGACGGGCACCUUCUCCUACGCCGACGUGGUCACCUACACCUGCGACCCCGGCCACCCGCUGGCGGGCGAGCCCUCCAUCUUCUGCACCACAGCGGACGGGGAGCACGGCGUGUGGAGCGGGCCGCCGCCGCGGUGCGGAGCGUCGCAGUGCUCUCGCCCUCCAGCCAUCGCCAACGGGGAGCACAGCGGCCAAGCCACGGCACUCUUCACCAGCGGCAUGUCCGUGAGCUACGCCUGCGACCCUGGCUACGUUCUUGUUGGAGAGGCACAGCUCACUUGUACCGCUUCUGGAGCUUGGAGCGUCCCUGCCCCUCGGUGUGAAGGGCGGCUGUGUCCCUCCCCGAUGGCGAUUGACCAUGGCCAGCACGACGGCGAGGACAUGGAAGCCUUCGUCCCUGGCAGGUCUGUAAAUUACAGCUGUGACCCCGGCUAUUCUCUUGUUGGAAAGACGACUCUGUACUGUACGGUCAACGGAACCUGGAGCAUCCCUUACCCCCGCUGUGAAGUGAUCACCUGCACGAGCCCCAGCAUCCACAAUGGAGAGGUGGCUGAAGGACAGAGCGCCGUGUACCAUCCCGGGGCCAACGUCACCUUCCAGUGCCGCCCGGGCUACGUGCUGUGGGGCAGCCGUGAAGCCAAGUGCCGGCCCGACGGCCGCUGGGCGCCUGCUGUCCCCACCUGCGAGCCAGCGCUGCCUUGUCCUCCGCCUCCCGUCGUCGCCAACGCCACGCACAGCGCACAGCUCGGGGCAAACUUCACCAGCGGCAUGUCCGUGAGCUACAGCUGCCAGCCCGGCUUCUCCCUCCUCGGAGACCCCACCGUCCUGUGCACGGCCUCGGGGAACUGGAGCCUCCCGUACCCACGUUGCGCAGCUGGCUGUGGCACACCAACCACCUUACUGUUUGCUGAGCUAAACAAGGAGUAUAAAAAUCAGAGCGACUAUCCCGUUGGGAAGACUGUGAAGUACACUUGUCGGCCUGGAUACGCAAAACAUCCACAGAUAGCACCAACGAUUACGUGUCUAGAAAAUCAAACGUGGUCUGAAGCCCCGGAGUUUUGCAAACGGAGAAAGUGCGAUCAUCCCAGAGAACCGGAGAACGGCAGAGUCAUCGUUACAACAGAUGUCUUCUUUGGGUCCACGGUGAAUUACACCUGCAACGAAGGGCACAGGCUGGUUGGAGCGGCCCAGCGACACUGCGUGCUUUCCAGCUCUGGGACGCGGGUGAGGUGGAGCGGUGAUGUUCCCGUCUGCCAGAGUAAGUACGCUGCGGCCGGAGCUGAGCAGAGACCGAUGAGAGCCAAACGCAGCACAAAGAGGUUCAGAUCGGUGCUUUCCUUGGGAAAGAUCUUCCAAGGUAUCACCUGCGAUCCGCCGCCGGACAUCCCCCACGGCAGACACAGCGGGCACUCGACGGGCACCUUCUCCUAUGCCGACGUGGUCACCUACACCUGCGACCCCGGCCACCCGCUGGCGGGCGAGCCCUCCAUCUUCUGCACCACGGCGGACGGGGAGCACGGCGUGUGGAGCGGGCCGCCGCCGCGGUGCGGAGCGUCGCAGUGCUCUCGCCCUCCAGCCAUCGCCAACGGGGAGCACAGCGGCCAAGCCACGGCACUCUUCACCAGCGGCAUGUCCGUGAGCUACGCCUGCGACCCUGGCUACGUUCUUGUUGGAGAGGCACAGCUCACUUGUACCGCUUCUGGAGCUUGGAGCGUCCCUGCCCCUCGGUGUGAAGGGCGGCUGUGUCCCUCCCCGAUGGCGAUUGACCAUGGCCAGCACGACGGCGAGGACAUGGAAGCCUUCGUCCCUGGCAGGUCUGUAAAUUACAGCUGUGACCCCGGCUAUUCUCUUGUUGGAAAGACGACUCUGUACUGUACGGUCAACGGAACCUGGAGCAUCCCUUAUCCCCGCUGUGAAGUGAUCACCUGCACGAGCCCCAGCAUCCACAAUGGAGAGGUGGCUGAAGGACAGAGCGCCGUGUACCAUCCCGGGGCCAACGUCACCUUCCAGUGCCGCCCGGGCUACGUGCUGUGGGGCAGCCGUGAAGCCAAGUGCCAGCCCGACGGCCGCUGGGCGCCUGCUGUCCCCACCUGCGAGCCAGCGCUGCCUUGUCCUCCGCCUCCCGUCGUCGCCAACGCCACGCACAGCGCACAGCUCGGGGCAAACUUCACCAGCGGCAUGUCCGUGAGCUACAGCUGCCAGCCCGGCUUCUCCCUCCUCGGAGACCCCACCGUCCUGUGCACGGCCUCGGGGAACUGGAGCCUCCCGUACCCGCGCUGCGCAGUGCUACAAUGUCCUUCACCUCCGAAUAUUGACAAUGGAAAUCACAACAGCCAGGACUUGGAAGUUUUCACUCUUGGGAUGGUUGUAAAGUACAGCUGUGACCCUGGCUACAGCCUCCUGGGAGAGGCAUUGAUUUACUGCACCGACUCUGGGAACUGGAGCGACCCCCCUCCUCAGUGUGCAGGUGGCUGUGGACCACCUCCAAACUUAACCUUUGCUGAGCUAACUGAGGAAUACAAAUAUGUGACCGAGUUUCCCGUUGGGGACAGCGUGCGAUACAACUGCCAGCCAGGAUACAUGAGACACCCCGGAGUACCCUCAACUCUGACAUGCCUCAAAAACCACACGUGGUCUGAAGCGCUAGCGUUCUGUAAAAGGAAGCAAUGUAAAUACCCAGAAACACCAAAGAAUGGCAGAGUUGUUGUUCUGACAGAUCUCCUUUUUGGGUCAACCGUGAAGUACACGUGUGAAGAAGGGCACCAACUGGUUGGACAGUCUCAUAGGCGAUGUGAGAUAUUUGGACCAGAUGUCGCAUGGGGUGGUGUUCUUCCCCUCUGUCAGGAGGUGGUAUGUCCAGUCCCACAAAUCCAGAAUGGGGGAGUAGCUGUUCUUAAAUAUCACUACACAUACAAAGAUACUGUUACCUUUAAGUGCCAUAAAGGUUUCACCUUGCGAGGCCAUCGCACAGCCCAGUGCCAAGCUGAUAAAACGUGGAAUCCACCCGUACCAGUCUGUGAGCAGGAUGGAGCGGCAGAGCACUAUCGUCAUCCUGAUACCACAACGAAGCCAGUAGUGAAGUGUCUGCCUCCUCCAAGGAUUGAUAACGGGGAACACAGCAGUCAGUUCUCAGACACUUUUGAUGUGGGAGCACUUGUGCACUACCGCUGCAAACACGGCUUCUCCCUCAUUGGGAAUAAGUCCAUUCACUGUACAACAAACGGAGUCUGGAGCCGCCCCCUUCCUCGGUGCGAAGCGCUGCACUGUUCCAAGCCUGCAGAUAUUGCCCACGGGUCUCUCAGCGGCCCAGCAAACGUAUUUUUCACUCCUGGAAUGUCUGUAAGAUACAUCUGCGAGCCAGGCUUCUCUCUCAUUGGGACAGCAUCCAUUUAUUGCACAGAGGCUGGAGCCUGGAGCCAUCCUCCUCCAGUCUGCAAAGGUGUGUUUGUUGCAGAGAUAAAUGGGAACAAUCAAGGCUGCAAAGGUACGGUGCCUCAGCUACUCUCUGGCAGUCCAUCAGGAUCCUCGAGUCAAUGCUGUCGUUUGUCUCUCCCUGACUUUCCAGUUGUGAAGUGUCUCCAUCCUCCAAACAUCACCAACGGGAAGCUCAAAGGCAACAUCUCUGACACUUUUUCCUAUGGAGCAUCUGUAUCCUAUGGCUGUGAUCCUGGUUAUUCACUUGUCGGGAACACUUUCAUCAACUGCACAGCGUCAGGAACCUGGAGCCAGCCGCUUCCUCAGUGCAAAGAGAUCAGGUGCAUAUUCCCAGACGUUCAAGGCGUUAAGAAAGCCAUAAAAGGAAAUACUUAUCGCUCUGGGACGAACAUCACUCUGGAAUGUGAUGAUGGUUACACGUUGGAUGGCAUCAGUCAGAUUCAGUGCCAAGAGGACUUCAGCUGGGACCCUCCUGUACCAGCCUGCAAACUGAUAUCACGCAGGUCUGGUUCAGUAGGCCUAGGGGUUGCAGCUGCAGGAGUCCUGCUUCUCCUGGGGGCAGGCAUUGUCUGGAAAAUUAUUUCUAAGCAGAAGGAAGGCUAUUAUCAUACAUAUGAAAACUACAGUUACCAAACCCCUCUGAACCACAUAACUGAACAGAAGUGUUCGUGUGUUCCAUAGAAGGCUGGGCAUCCAUGCUGCCGCUAAGCAGGCAUUGGACUCGUUCUCCGUACAGAGAGCGGCUGUAGGUAGCGUAGAAGCGUCGCUCGUGUUGCGACUGAAAUUCUGUAGCAAAAAAAGGCACUUUACCGUACACUCUGUUAACGCUCCUUCUGCUCCCAUUAAUUACUGUAAGGAUCUAACAAAGUUCAAACAGCACACAGCACAGCUGCUGUUUCAGAGGAACUCGUGCGUCCUGCUGCCGCCCGAUAAACGUUUCUCCAUUCGCAAACCCUGUGAUAAGCACGAUCCACACAAGCGCUCCUGGGUCUGUCUCAAAGUCACAACUUCAAAAUCAGAACCCGCCUGGACGCGGCCGUGUGCCCCCUGCUCUCGGUGCGCCUGCUCAGGCAGGGGGCUUGGGUGACACGAUGCCCAGAGGUCCCUUCCAGCCCCCACCGCUCAGAGAUUCUGUGAUUUGUUAAACCAAAGACUGUCUUAAUCGCAACUGUAUUCACGUCUGCUGCAGUACUGGACGCUGCUCUGUGUUUUCUUCCAGGAAUGCUUAUUUGCAGUGUUCCUCAUGAAUGCUUAACCUAAUAAAAGCUGAACGUGGGACAACAAUUGCUUUCGGUUUUGUCUCUCCUUUGGCUUCUAGCUAGAGUUUUAAGCCUUCAUUAUUUUCUUUCUAAUACCGCUCCGCAGCACGCGC